CGCGCCGGCGCCGGGCGGCAGGAUGGGCUGUAUCCAAAGCAUCACCUGCAAGGCGCGGAUCCGGCGCGAGAACAUCGUGGUGUACGAUGUGUGCGCCACCAUCGACCAGUGCCCCACGCGCAUCGAGGAGACCUCGCCCAUCGUCCUGCGCUACAAGACCCCUUACUUCAAAGCCUCGGCCCGCGUGGUCAUGCCCCCCAUCCCCCGCCACGAGACCUGGGUGGUGGGCUGGAUCCAGGCGUGCAACCAGAUGGAGUUCUUCAACACCUACAGCGACCUGGGCAUGUCAAGCUGGGAACUGCCUGACCUGAGGGAAGGGAGAGUAAAAGCCAUCAGUGAUUCAGACGGGGUGAGCUACCCCUGGUACGGGAACACCACAGAGACUGUGACCCUGGUUGGCCCCACCAACAAGAUCUCCAGGUUCUCCGUCAGCAUGAAUGAUAACUUUUACCCCAGCGUGACAUGGGCAGUGCCAGUGAGUGACAGCAACGUGCCACUUCUCACCAGGAUCAAGAGGGACCAAAGUUUUACCACCUGGCUGGUAGCCAUGAAUACCACCACCAAGGAGAAGAUCAUUCUGCAGACCAUCAAGUGGAGGAUGAGAGUGGACAUUGAAGUGGACCCUCUUCAGCUGUUGGGGCAACGGGCCCGGCUAGUGGGCAGGACUCAGCAGGAGCAGCCCCGGGUUCUGAGCCGGAUGGAACCCAUCCCCCCUAACGCACUCGUGAAGCCCAAUGCCAAUGAUGCCCAGGUCCUCAUGUGGAGGCCCAAGCGGGGGCCACCCCUGGUGGUGAUACCUCCUAAGUAGAAGCGGACUGCCCAGCUGUGUGUUGCCAGGGGUGGCAGGAGCCAAACUGAGUUUCUGAGCCAAAGCAGACCUCUUGGUUUGCCAGCCUCUGCAGCUGCUUGUGAAGAGUCCAGCUGCUCCUCGGGUGGUAGAACCAUAACCCUUAGGAAAAGCCCCUUCCUCUUAGGAAUAAAGAAAUCACUGAUUUGACAGACUUGCUGUGAUUACCAUGCAAGUAGCCAUAUUUUGCAGCUGACCGGGAUGAUUCUUUUAUUUGAACUAUUGACCAUUUCUUUCCUGUGAGAUGCAGGGGAGGUAAAUGAAACUAAACAGUGCCUGUGGCGGAUGCUGCUUCCCAACCAAUUAGAAGCGCGCGUGGAAACAUCCACACCAGGUGUCUCCUAGUAGGACAAGGCAAGCCCAGCACACAGAACCACACGGCAAGACACUGAGGAGGAGGAUACGAGCUAUGGCUGGUGGCGCUAGAAGCUGAUGCCCUGGACAGCUGAUUUCCUAUUUAAAAAGAGUGCCAUCUUGCCCGUCUCCUCACCACCCUCCCAUCCUGUGACCAGUACCUCCUCUCCCCCACCGCGUGUGUCCAGCCAGGCCAGCUGGUUGGCUCAUGGGGGAGCUUUGUUGAAAUGGAAGUUGUGCCUGCUGCAGCUUUUGUGUGUGGAAAAAUCGAGUUCGCCCGCACAUCCUGCUCAUCCCCUCCUUCUACGUGAAGCCUCCCAAGGACAAGGCUGGCCAUCCUGGACUGAAGAGACCCCACACGGCCCAGCCCUGGCUCCCAAGCCUGCCUCCUCACCCCACACUUUUGGGUGGGAAACAGGGAGAAUAUCUAUCUCCCCUUUUCCUCACUCUUCUCUAUGUGGAUAGCCAAUGUCAAUCAUCCUCUGAGGUUUCUCUACGGUCUUUGGAAGGCAACUGUUCGCCCUACCAUGGACAGGCUUGGUGCCUUCGGAUGUCCAAGAACAGCCCUCACGUCACCAGGAUCAGUGGAGUGAGAGCAGAAUUUCCCCCAACAGGGCAAAAGUGGUCUAUGUUGUUUUCUUGAUUGUUUUAUUUAUUGGUAUACUUCCCAAUUUAUUUAUUUAUUUAUGGGAUCUAUAUUUAUUAGACAUCAGGAAAUCAACUUCCCUCUCUCAAACAUCAGCCCCAGAUCUGUCUUGUCGACCCCUACAGAGCACAGUAAAUGAUUCCUCUUUGAAGCCACAAAAAAAAAAAAAAGAGGAAAAUUCUUCUCCCUAGUCCCAAAUACUUCCACCCCAGCCAGCUUUUCAACCCAAAAUGGGAUCAGAAACUACCAGCUAGUAGCAAGCAACCCAGCCCCACUAAUCAGCACAGGUCCAGCUAACCAGACGGAAAGUCAGCGUCUUCCAGCCCCUUCCUGCCUUUGCACUCUUUCCCUUCCUCUCCUUCACAAACCCGUGCAAGACUGAGCAGCAGGCUCCAGCCUGACUGUUAACACUGGAUCUCUCCUUCCGCUCUGGUGCAGAAUGCUUGACACCAGAUGCGCAUUAGCGCUAGGUCAGGAGCUCAAACCCACACACCUGGUUCCCAUCUCAGUUAUCCGUCGUAGAGUCUCCAAGGAGCUGAGCAGCCGAGGUCUUUUGAGGAACCCAGAUGAUUCUAACUCGUCAAUGCUGUUGAUAGGAAAAAAACACCCUUCUACAUCCCUGUCCACCUCCAAGACCCCUUCCUCCUUUAGUUCACAAGCUUUCUCUAGAGUCCCCAUUGCUCCAGUUUUUUUUCCUCGUUACACCUUCUCCCCACUGGCACCAUCAACCUGAGCAGACCCAAAGGUUGACUGGUCCCAAGAGCCACACCUGAGGCUGAUGCUUGCAUUUGCCCUCUAGAAGCAAAUGCUCGUCCCCUGCCCAAGUUCACCUUCCAUCUGCACAUCCCCCCGCCCCCACCACACAUGCCUCCCUCCAAGAGCCUGAAGGUUCCAUGGGUUUCCCUGCCUCUCUGUCCCAAUUUUAGGCAAAGCUUAUUCCGGUCUUUAUAACCCAAGGGUUGGCUGUUUCUGCAGAGCAACCUGAAUUACCCGAGGGCCCACUGGUGACAGGAAAGGGUCAUCCGUAACAGAAAAGUAUUGUCCCCCAACAGUCCCUUGCCCAAUAACCUGACAGCAACCCGCAGGCGCUCCAGCCUCCAAAUCAUAGAUGAUUAGAGACUUCUCACCUCUCACGUUGACAAGUUCUCAAACAAUGAAUAUAUAAGUGAAGGGGUGUGUGCGUGCGCGUGCACAUGUGUGUGUCUCUGUGUGUGUGUGUUUGUGUGUGUAUGUGCUAUGUACCUCCUUCAUAUAAACGACGUGGACCUUUGAAGAUGCUGAACUUCCACUUUACAGUAUAGAACUUUACCUGAAAACAAUCAAGAACUUGUGCUGUCUUGCACUCGGUGGAUUCCCUGAGCACCUUUCCUCGAGGGCCCAAGUGAAUGCCAUCGUAGUGCUCCCUGCAGAAUGCUGUAAUGUCUAAGAACUGUUGGGUGUGUUAGAGAGUGUGUAUGCUGUAUGCACAAGAGAGUGCCCCAGCAUAGACAGAGUCUGUUUUCGUACCCCGCCUCCUUAGCAGCUUAUUUCUCCUGCAUUCAUAGCACCAUGCCGUCUUGCCCUGUUAAUCAGACUGCCCUGCACCAAGUCCCAUCUCUCAGGGUCCUGCUCUCUGAUAGAAAACGGUUCAGUCGGUGGGUGCUAAAGAGUUGAGUGUUACACUUCUUAGGUGACAUUUACCUUUUCAUUGGGGCUAUAGACGAUGCCUUAAUCUGAAGGAAUAGCUUGAAUGCUGGGAAUUCCAGGUGCAGAAGUGGGCCAGUAAGAGAGAUUAUUUUUAUCUCAGGAGGGCAUUUUAGAGCCUCCCCUUCCCCGUACCUAUCUUUAAAGUCAGCUCAUAAGUACAUGAGCAUGAGCAAGCACACUUACCUACAUCCACAUCCCAUAAUUUUGGAAUACCUCCCUUGCAUUGGACCCAUCUUUAAAAUAAAAUAUAUAUAUA